UAUCUCUGUUAAUUUCAGUACUGUGUUCCUGUCAAAGGAGAAAAUAAUCGUCCGCUUUAAUCUCUUACUAAAGGUAGGGGGGAAGGCGGGGGUUAAAAACAAAAAUCGCUCUCGAAAAUGUUCACUGCGCUGGAAAGGAAAAAGGAGGGAGGGGGAGGCGAGGGGAGAAAAACUCCGGAAAUAUUCUGGCGUCAUUGCACCGUCGCAAUUAUCUUAGGUGCGAUCCAAUCAGCGUGUUCUCCCUUGUGUCGUACGAUUUUCGCGUAAUUCGGAUAAAUUCAGAUUGCUGCUAACAUAACGAGGUGGGAGGGGAACGGGGGGGUGAGCCGCGAAAUGGAGUUUCGUGUGACACUCGCGGGAGUUUUCGCGAAUCUUCAUCCAAUUAGUCUCUUCCGAGAAAUAUCGAGUUGCUGGUAUCGCAGGUGCCGCCAAUUAACGGGUAGUUCUUCGAUUCUCGUUGGUUCGACGAAUAAUUUGCGUUUUUUUCCUCUUUUGGGGGGGGGGGGGAGUUUAUAUGCACGCGGUUACUAGAGAACACGUAUAAACGCCUUCGUUCGAGUCGUCUAUCGAAUAAUGCAACCGUUUUCGGUGCGAAUUAAAUAUUCACAGGUGAAAUAUUUUACAUCUUUUAUUAAUUUGAGAAUUGUGUUCCUCUGAAAGAAAUAUCGACGCGCAUUUCAUUACUCUGAUUACAUGGAGAUGGAUGAGAAAUUGAAAAAAAGUUGUCCCGUGUAUUUUCGAGAAAAUUCACCGAGAUGAAAAUGCAAAUUCGUCUAGCUGCAUAAAAUUCCAAUUUCUUAAAAAUAAAAAUUGUUGAAAGUCAGUGAGUUAACAAGGAUUUUUGUUAACUCGUUGAUUUUAAAAUCAUAUUCAGAUUAAAAAAAAUAAGCACUUGAGACUUAACACCAUCAACUUUUAUCAUAAUUUAUAAUACUAAUUAUUUUGUUAUAAUAUACUAUGUUUAGUAACACUUUUUUUAUCGGAAACAAAUAAAUUGCAAUUGUACAAUUCUAUUUCAAUAUCAGGCAAUGUACCUUCCAAAUAAAAAAAUAAAAUAUUUUCAAAUUUACGAAAAAUAGUGCAUCGAAGUAUCAUAUAAAAUUUUAUUGUAAAAAUAUUUUAUUGUAAAAAUUUUUAUUAAUUUUGCAAAGAGACAAUACUUUUUCCAGGAAAUAAUUGUUAUUUAGAAACCCACUAUCGUGGACAACAUUGUUUCUAGUAAUAUUAAAAUGUUUCAUCGGCCUUACGAUAGAAUUUGCAUUAUAAAUGCAAUACAAAUUUUGCUGGUUUUUUAAUUUCUCUUAUUUUACUUUUUAAAUUUUUUAUUAUUCUACUUAUUUAAAAAUAUUUAAUAUAAAUUGAUUUUUUCACUUUCUUGUUCAGUUAAAUUUGAAAAUUAUCUCAUUAUGAAACAAAAUUGCAAAAAUUUUAUCAUCAUUGCAAUUUUACCUGAUGAUCUUACGUGCAAUCGUCGGUCAAUCAAUAUAUUUCUCGCAAAACAAAUUUGCGGAAUUUGAGUAAAUUCAGUUUGUCAUUUUCAGUGGGAAUAAGGAGAAAGAAAGCGAAAGAUAAUUUUGUGUGACGCUUCACGAUUUUUUAUUCAUCGUACGCGUUCUUUUGGAAAAAAUUCUGGUUUUAAUUGCUAAUUAACGAGCAAUUUAAUUUUUCUUGAUUUAACGAAUUAUCCAUGAUCAAGUGUUUCGAGAUACGUAAUUGACAUAGGCGCUAUCAUUCGAAUUGUUUUUUGAUUCGACAAAAUUGCUUUCGGCAAGAAAUCUCAUAAGUUAAAAAAUAUCCUUUUUAUUAAUUUUAAAACUGAAUCUUUUUGCAAAACAGAUAUUGAAGUUAAUUAGAAAUUUUUAUUACACAUAAAUACGAGAAGGUGAGAAAUAAAGAAUCGUCUUGAAAUAUUCUUGACGCACAGAAAAGGAGAGCUUUUAACAUAAAUUUGUGUCAUGAUUUACAAUAAUGUUUUAAUUAUGGCUUUCGUUUCUGAAUGGAUUUUAAUUAUGAUUUUAGGUUCAACGAUCUUGUCCGGCUAGCACCAUCUUUCGCGCAUGCGGCUUAUAUAAUUAGAAUAAUUCAGUUUGUAAAAAACGAUGGGAAAAAGAACAAAAAAGCAGAAGAGCUAGAUAGAAGGAAACAUUUUUAUGUGAAAUUCGCAUUUUGGAAUUUUUUAUCUACUCAUGACAGAAAUAUUCUUACGAGAUAUAAAGUACUAAAUUUGAAAUAUAACGUUACUAUUAAAUAUUAAAAAUGCUUUUUUUUAUAUUUAAAUGUUAUACUUCAAUGUUAUGUUAAAAUUUAGUAUUAUAUAUUCGCUUGUAACAAAUCAAUUUCAAUCGCAGUCGUUUAAUUCGUCCAUCAAGUGGAUACAAUUACUAAAUCAGGAAUUUCAUCUUUCGAAUCGUCUUUCGAUUUUGUUAUUUCUUAAUAUUGACUUUGAUAAUUAAAUAUUGACAUUGUUUUUUAUUAAUUUUAAAACUAUAUAUAUAAUAAAUAUUAACUCAAAGUUAAUUAGGAAUUUUUUAUUUAGGCAAUAUAAUAAGCAGGAACUACAUACGUUUUGCGGUGUUGUAUUAUUAAAUUGUAAUCGUGAUUACCUGGACGGUGCCAAAGCUGGAUGCUAGUCGGGGCUACUUAAUUCGAUGGCGGUGCUUUGUUCGGGAUCUGAACGCUCCUCAACUACUGUGUCCAGUUCCAGGGAUGAGAAAGCUCGGGAUCCACGAUCACCUCUUAAGGACACGGUACGCGCCGGUCGAUCGAUGCCAGCUGCGGGAAUAUCGACGACAUAUGACAGCUGUCGCCGCCGCCGCAGCAUCGAUUCUGGGUCACUGGACCCUAAGAGGUAGCAAAGAUCCCGACAACGUUACUAUUGAUUUAAACAGCUGCCUUUUUUCGGUGAUCGGUUCUCAAAUCGGGCAAGAUCCAUUAAAACUUCGUAAAUGGACAGUGUUAAAACUAAAGGACAAUUUUCAGAAUUUGGCCAAAUGGUUAGACAAAAUUCCGAUGAGUAAUGCAGGAAUAUUCCUUAUGAUUGGCGGUGUAAAUGGACGCGGACCUGAAAGUCCGAGAAAAAGUCCCGAAAAAGAAAAGUACUCAAAAAGAUACCCAGCACACAGUCAGGAAGAAGACGCUAGACAGCUUCUGGAAGAUUCAGAGUGCGUAGAAGGCGAAGGUGAUGUUAAGGAAGAUUCAAUUGAUUUAAUAGGUCAUUCUAGAGAGAAGCAUGUUGUAGAAGGAAGAAAUGGAGGUGUCGAAACUCAUACUAGGAUAAAUAAAUGUGCGGCAGUAUUAGCUUUUCAGACAGAAAAACAGCAAGACUAUGCCCUUCAUAGGGCAUUGCUAUCAAAAUCGGGUCAAGAAGCACUACAUAAACUUGACAAUUCCACUACAUCAAGCGCAAAAGUACCUAUUUCAGAAUUAAAAGAACAAGAUGUCGAAUUUCCUAAAGGAAGCAAUUGGUAUGCGGGAUACCUUAUAAAUGAUGAAAUAGAAACCGAAGCUGUUAUAUUAAAAUUAAGACAUCAUAAAGAUAAACGAAAAAACAAAAAUGCAAAGCCUCAUAUAGUUGCUGUUUACCCAUUCGGUAAAAGGUCACCAAUAAAAUGUUACGCGAGACCUCAUAAAUAUCGUAAAUAUAUAAAACGGCUAACUGGUCAUGAUAUUGUCUUUGCAUGUACAUUUGGAAAACUUGAAAAAAUUCUCACAAAGAACGGAUACUCAAAAAGAUACACAUCAUCCAACACGAAAGAAGACGCUGGACAGAUUCUGGAUAAUUCAGAGGGCAAAUCCUGCGAAGAUGAUCCUCGCAAUCCGAAAACUGAAGAUUUUAGAACAGGCCAUGCUAGAAACAGGCAUGUCGUAAAAAGAAGCAAUGGUGUUGAUGGUGUCGAAGCUUAUACUAGAAACAAUAGAUGUCAACAAAAAUCUGCUUUUCAGACUGAAGAUGAUCAAAACUAUGUGCUUCAUAAAGUAUUGCUAUCAAUAGCGGGUCAAAUAGGACUAGUUUAUCUUAACCACGAAUUCAAUUUAGAAAUUGAAGUACCAGCUUCUUCAUUACUUCAUAUGGGUGUCGAAUUGCCUACAGGAAGCAUAUGGCAUAAUGGAGAAAAACUAUAUGAUGAAUUAGAAAUCGAAGAUGUUGUUUUAAUUUUAGGACAUCAUAAAAAUGAAAAAAAGAACAAUAGUGCAAAGCCUUUUAUAAUAACUUUUUACCCAGUAUUUAAAAAAGAAAAAGAAAAAGCUCAAGCAGCUCCUGAAACUGCCUCUGCAACUACAUCUAAACCUGCUUCUCAAACUCCUCCUAAACGUGCUACUGGAGCUAUUCCUAAAACUACUCGUAAAACUGCCUCUCCAACUACAUUUAAAACUCCUUCUAAAACUCCUCCUAAAAUUGCUCUUAAAACUGCUACUGGAACUAUUCCUAAAACUACUCGUAAAACUGCCUCUCCAACUACAUCUAAAACUCCUUCUAAAACUCCUCCUAAAAUUGCUCUUAAAACUGUUACUGGAACUAUUCGUAAAACUGGUCAUGUAACUACUCCUGAAACUGUUCAUAAAAUUACUCCUACAACUUCUCAUAAACUUACUCCUAAAAGUACUCGUCAAACUACUUUCAAAAUUACUCGUAAAAUUGCUCUUUAAAUUACUCCUAAAUCUGCUUUUUAAACUGCUCCUAAAACUACUCCUAAAACCAUAAAAAUAAGGGGAAGUUCUAACUAUGGAACUCCGAAUGGGGAACGGGUUGCGAGGGAGGUACUUGUAAGAGCGAGGGCAUGAUAUCACGCGGCAACUGUCAAAAUACACAUACAUAUAAAAAUACACAUGUAAUACAUAUAAAAUAUAAAGUAUUUAAAUAAAUAUAAAAUUGCAUUGGCAUUUUUUUUACAAACCUGAUGUGUCGUAGUCAAACAGGUACUAACGAUAAGAAACAGACCGCAUAAUGUUGUGCAAUAAUACUUAAUUUAUCAAUAAAAAACCAUUACAUAAAAAUAAGACCAGUCAGAAGAAGAUGAGAAGACAUAUGAGAAGCAUUAUUAUCUUUACAAUCUUACUUCUAGCAUUAUCUCUACAACCACCGUCACAAUCCAAAUGAACGCAUAAAUUGCACCAAAAGGCGUCGAGUAUAAAUCGUUUAAUAAUGAAUGUUAUAUAUUGAUUAUAAAACUGAUUAAUUAUAAAA